AUGUUUGCCCUUCUUCCAGGGCUCCGUGUUCUAGGCCCCUCUGGUCCUCUGAUUGCAAAGCUUGGGGGCUCAAUGAUGCUGCCCUGUUAUAUUCAAGCCCCCUUACCGCUGGAAGUGCUGGAAGUGGAGUGGAAGAGAGCAGACUCUGAAGCUUUAGUACAUUUGUUCCGAGACGGAGAGGGUAAACCAGAGGCUCGGGAUCCGGCCUACAGUGGAAGAGCCAGUUUCUUUACUGAGGAGGUCGAGCGUGGAAACUUCUCUCUCCUGCUCACAAAUCUGACCACUGAAGAUGCAGGAAUUUACAACUGUUUUGUUUACGGUCAACAGGAAACUGGUCAAACUUCGGUCGAUAUUGAGUAUUUGAUCGUGACUGGCGGUCACGCAGUUUCUGCGUAUGCGCGUGAAGACGUCACUCUGAAUUGCUCUGUAGACUCCCAUAUCCCCCCUGAACUGCUUGAAGAGGUCUCAUGGACAAAAGUGGAUCAAGACAUUAUAGUGCAGGUCUUACAAGAGGGUGAGGUCCAGGAGGAUUUUACCCAUGAGAGAUUCAGAGAGAGAGUCGAGUUCUUUGGUCCAGAAGAAAUCCACAGAGGAAACUUCUCACUGAGAUUAAAGGAUCUUCGAUUGGAGGACAAAGGCCUGUAUAGAUGUGAAGUGCUCUUUGGGGAGUUUUCAGCUCAAACAACUAUGGAAAUAAAUUUGGAGCUCCAUGUGCUCGGCCACUCUGGUCCUCUGAUUGUCGAGCUGGGGGGCUCAGUGAUGCUGCCCUGUUAUGUUGAAGCCCCCAUACCACUGGAAGCACUGAAAGAGAAGGUGAACGCCCAGUGGAAGAUCUGCGACUGA